AGCUCUGUCUUCUGCGGGACAGCGGGCUGUCGAGCGCCGGCUAGCAUCGCAGCUAAGAGAGUCCGGAGGAUCAACCAGGUGCCACGCGGGAAGUCGCCAGCUGGGAAGCAGAAAGGGGGAAUCGCCAGCAAACCGGGUUUGACUCCGGAAUAAGGCGCUGCUCGUCCCGAGAGCCAGGAUGAGGCGCGUCAGCCUGGGAUCCCCGAAAGUCCGAGGUUUUGCUGCCAGUGCCCCAGGAUUCUGACAUGCAAUCAGUAGAGAAGCUGGAUACAUCUUUAAAGAAGAGUUCUAAGGUGUGGGCUCCCCCUUGUGGAAAUCUGUUGGAAUGAGACUUGCUUGAUUUGAAAAUCAGAUCAGUCUAAAGCUAAACCAUGGCUGUGGUCAACACACCACCUGCUGGUCAAAAAUAUGAAGGAAUGGACUCUCUGAUACUCCGCCAUUACAACUUCACUGGGAAGCUUGACCGAGGAGAAAAGAGAAACCUGACAACCAUCAUACUUCUAGUUGUCUGUAGUUUCAUCAUCCUAGAGAACUUGAUGGUACUGAUUGCCAUAUGGAAAAACAACAAAUUUCACAACCGCAUGUAUUUUUUUAUUGGCAAUCUAGCCCUCUGUGAUCUACUGGCUGGGAUAGUUUACAAAGUAAACAUCUUGAUGUCAGGAAACAAGACCCUGACCUUGUCUUCCAGGAUCUGGUUUGUUCGGGAAGGCAGCAUGUUUGUGGCUCUGGGUGCUUCUACAUUCAGCUUAUUAGCCAUCGCUAUCGAGAGACAUUUGACAAUGAUCAAAAUGAGGCCGUAUGAUGCUAAUAAAAAAUACAGGGUCUUCCUGCUUAUUGGAACGUGCUGGCUUAUCUCGGUUUCCCUAGGUGCCUUACCGAUCCUCGGUUGGAACUGUAUUCCAAAUUUAGACGACUGUUCCACUAUUUUGCCGCUCUAUUCCAAAAAGUAUGUGGCAUUUUGCAUCACCAUUUUCAUAGCCAUUCUGGUGGCCAUUGUAAUCCUCUAUGCCCGCAUUUACAUCUUGGUAAAGUCCAGCAGCCGUAAUGUUACUAACCACAGUAACUCAGAGAGAUCUAUGGCAUUGCUUCGGACAGUUGUGAUUGUCGUUGGGGUUUUCAUUGCCUGUUGGUCCCCAUUGUUUAUUUUGCUGCUGAUUGAUGUGGCCUGCAAAGUACAAGAGUGUCCCAUUUUAUACAAAGAAGAUGGGUUCAUUGCAUUGGCCGUCCUCAAUUCAGCAAUGAACCCCAUCAUCUACACUCUGGCAAGCAAAGAAAUGCGUCGAGCUUUCUUCCGCCUUGUUUGCAGCUGUCUGGUGAAGGCCAGCGUCACUAUGUCUUUGCCUAUCCAACCCACUCCAGAUCAGAGCCGAAGCAAAUCCAGCAGCAGCAAUGCACAGAAACCAAAGGAUGAGUACCCACAGACUAAAGGCUCGCCCAGUUUAGCUGAAAAGAAUGAAUCUUCAUUUCAUAAUGGAAACUUCUGCAAAUGAAGUCCACUAAUUCUGCAGGCCAAGGAUUCUUCGGUGGCUUUUGUUCAGAGCCAAAUGGAAGCCUUUUGGCGGGGUUUCAUGCACUUAAAUCAUAGGGGAAAACACUAACCAUUCACACAAUAUUAAGUGCCUGUUUUUAGCACAGACAGUUUUGGAUUGGGUUUUAGUUCCAUGAGAGAUUGACUCGGGAAGGCUCUUUGCUGCUGCUUCAAGUCCUCAUGGUGUCUGUGUAAAGAAACAUGGCACAUUUGACAUGGAUCUUCUUGAUGCAGUUUGUUUAUAUAUGCAUUCAAGAAUCAAUGCAGAAACAAUGGUAGGUUAUUUUAAAUCAAUAAAUGAAAUCCAAUCUGCACCCAUCAAUAAUAUACACAUCUCAAAAAUCUAGAGGUGUUGUGUGAGUUUUUCUUGCAAUCUCUUUCUUGCCUCUUGGCCUAUCUUCCUCCCUCUUUCCUCAGCCUCCUCCCCUCAAGCAGCCUACCUUCCUGACUUCUAUACAGACUGAGAUCUGUGUGGAAGUUUGUUCUCACCCAAACUGAUCUUUCACUUUCUUCCCCAAAGCUGGACAGUUUGGCAACAUUAUAUGACUGACCUCAUGUAAGUGACCAGCAGUUACAGUAUUUAUAUACAUUCUGUGAUACCACAGUUGCUCAGCCAAUAAGCGUUCUGGAAAUGGGGAGAAACUUAUGGGCAGACAUGAGCCCAGGCUAGUCUAUAAUGCAUGUAUAUAAAUAUAUGUAUAUAAGUUGCCCACAUGAAAUGUUCCUGUUCACCAAACAUGAUAGACCCUCAGCAAAAAUGUGUAUCCCCUAUACGCUGACUGUUAAGGUUAUGAGGGUGAUUAUUUUCAUUCUGCAGUGAGCAUUAUUUUUCCGCUUGUGCAUCUUGUUGUUAUGCCAAUGAAUUCAUCUACAAGUAUUUAUUCACAGAUUCUUUGACUUGCCAUGCCAACAAAUAAAUGCUUAGGAUUGGAUAUGCUGUUCACCAUGCCAAGGCAGUGUCAUAAUCCACUAUAUUAGGAAGGCAUUAGGAAAGCAUGGCAAGAAACUUACACUGACAUAUAUAGACUCCAGAACAAAUAUUUAGGGUUGAGCUGCCAGCCGCUAAUUAUAUUUUUAUUUAUGCCAGUUGUGCAGCAAAAGUUUACAUUAUGUCAUGUUACAAUCAUGAUACUCUGUGUAAUAUACCAGAUACUACAAAUACUGUGAGCAGGUAUGCUUCCAAUAGGUUUUUUUUAAGUAUAAAAAAAACUUCACAAAAGACAUUUUGAAGGAGAGAAAUUAGAUUCUAUGAAAUGAAAUGGACUGCCUUCAAGUCGAUUCCGACUUAUGGGUGACCCUUUGAAUAGGGUUUUCAUGGUAAGCGGUAUCCAGAGGGGGUUUACCAUUGCCUUCCUCUGAGGCUGAGAGGCAGUGACUGGCCCAAGGUCACCCAGUGAGCUUCAUGGCUGUGUGGGGAUCGAACCCUGGUCUCUCGGGUCAUAGUCCAACACCUUAACCACUACACCACCCAGUAUUCUAUCUUGCAAUUAUCAAUGCAAAUGUCCUGUGAGAGUAGUUAAAUACAGUUGUGACUAGAAGCCAUUUCUGUUUUGUUGUUUUUUAAAAUGUAACAUUCAUUCUCCUUGAAUCUCUUUUUUAAUUAAUUAAUGUAGUUUAGUGUCCGAAAUAUGUGACUUGGAAUUUUAUGCAUAUCAUAUCAUUUUAAUCAAUGCAUAUAUUUUAUGUUUUGCUCUUUGAACAAUUUUUUUAAAAAAAAAUUGAAGGCCCAGUUGUGUUAUUGCAGGCCCAAACAGAAAAGAAGAGAAACGAUCUGCUAGAAGUUGCACAGUCUUCUCAUAUAUUUUUCAUAUGAAACUACAAAUUUCGAGAAAAGUAUUAGUGCUCAUACCAAUAGAAAUUUACAAAAUCACAAAUUGCAGUUUAAUGUCAACAUUCACUGGCAACUAUCUCUAGCUCAAAUUUGAAUCAAGUGAGUCACUGCUGGUAGAUGUUGUAUCUUCAACUAGCACUAAAAUUAAUAUCCUGUUCGUCAGGACUCUGCUCGGCAAUCUGUUCUUGCCCCAGAUGGUUUGUGUUGGAAAGAAAGGAGCAGAGAAUAAAUGGGAUUCACCAUAUACUUGAUGUGAACUAAGGGAAGAAAUUGGUGAAUGCAUAUACCAUGGGAAAUAAAGUUAGCAUAAACAAAAGAAAGAGUCAAAAGUGGUUCAUGAGAACAUCAUGCAUAUCACCAACAAUUUUCAGCCAACUUCUGCUUCUUUCACAACAGCAGGACUGAUUUUCAACAUUCCUUAACAGAACCAACCCUCUCAGCAAUUGGGAAAUUCAUAAACAUCUGUUAACAUUACAGCAGUUCAACCAGGAAUUGGAGACUGCAGAUAGGUGACAGUCACUUUGUAUAUUCAUGUAAUAAAUGGAAUGAUAUUCUAGAUUUUAAAAUAUGUGUGGAGGCACGAUUUGUGCAACAUCCUCCCAUUGUUAUUUGAGGGGAUUUUUUUAGUAGAGUGACAAAUUGUUUGCAAAGGUAUUUUUAAGAGAUGUGCUUUUUAGACAAGAGGUAGCCAACAUGCUUUCCUAUUUUGGAUACAAAUCCCAUAAGCCUCAGCCAUCGUGGCCAAUGGGAAGAGAUUAUGGGAGUUGUAGUCCAAAACAUCUGGAAGGCACCUCAUUGGCUAUCCCUGUUUUAGACAUUGCCAAAGCACCUUUAUUGAAAAUCUGUGUCUAAGGUCAAAAUCCAAAGCACAUUUAAGUGGAAAUAACCAAUGGGAGUGACUUGCACAGAAUGCCACAGUCUAUUCUGGACCCCUCUUGUCCCUUUGAUCAUGUAAUGCCUAUUGCACAAACACUUGUUGUUGAUUUGAAUAUUUGUUAUCUCAAGUUUAAAAUCUUGUAAGCAGAGUGAUACAUUAACCUUUCAAUCUCUGUGCAAAACACAAAAGAGUAUGCUGAAACUGUGAAUACCAGACAGUAUAAACUGAC